AUGCCCCCGCCUAUGCCAACGGAGGCCGAGGCGGUCCCAUCGUUCAAGGGCUUAGAGAACCCGUCUAUACCACGCCAACGUACCCUGGAUAUGUUUCUGAAUCGGUCUGGCACUGGGCCACCACAGCCUUCGCUCCCGCCAGACCCUCAGAAGAGGACAUCGACAGCCCAGCCGGCCCCACGAUCAUCGUUCGCCGUGGUUCUCAACCCAAGCCCAAGAAAGGGCUCAGAGGCGACUCCCGCAAGGACAGUAGAGGACGACGCCGAUGACCUGAUCACGCCGGACCUGUCUCCCCAAUUCAGAAGAUUGGCUGCUCAAGCGGCAAUGGAUGUGAGCCUCGCCAAGCCGGUCUUGCCAGAUGCCGCGGCUAUCGAAUCCGAUACAGCUCCUCACGGGGCAACGCUUCCGCCGCCGCCUCGGAAACGUGGCCGGCCAAAGGGUUUCCGUCCAAAUCUCACGGGGCAAAAAAAUCCACAUUGCGAGGCCCCGUCGCCGAGACCGAGAAAUCUGCGGCCGGACAGGCCCAAGACCGGCGCCAUGUACGCUGGGAAAAGACGAGGACGGCCACCGAAAGCACCAUCGCCACAGCCAAGGGCCAUCUACGAGGGACUGAACCCACAUUUCAACGUCUUCAUCUGCGAGUGGAAGGGAUGCCAGGCCGAGUUGCACAAUUUUGCGACGCUGCAAAAGCAUGUCUUCGUAGUCCAUGUGAGAAAGGCACCAUUCGGGUGUAACUGGGCCAAAUGUGCCGAGCAGCAGACGCCUCAAGCGUUCUCCACACCAACACACCUCAAAUCUCACUUGCAGGAUUUACAUAUGCUUCCAAUCGCCUGGCAGAUAGGGGACGGGCCGCAGGUAUCGUUCAAACGAUAUGCUCCCGACGAUGGGGCCGAACUCCCGGGCUACCUUUUUGACAAGGCGGGCCACCAGAUCACGCCGUCUAUCCGGGAUCAGAAGGAGGAAGAUUUCUACACGUGGCGCAACAACAGGCGAAGGCUCAAGGACCUUUUGCUCCUGCGAGAUCAGAAUAUGCCAAGCGAAGAGGAAGACAACGAAACGGAGCUGAGGGUGAGCGAGGCAGUUGACCAUUGA